AUUAUUCUUCUAGCUCUACCUGUGCGCCGCAGAUACAAUUUGUUUACUCUCCGGACAGCGGCGCCGUGAAAAUACGAACUAGGAUUGGAACUUGCUGAAAAAAACCUCACCCAACCAUGUCGUCCUCCGAUGGGGCUCCGGAAAGCAAAAGGCCACGUCCCGAAAGCAGCAGCAACGGCAGCAAGGACCAAAAUGGAACCGGUGCCGGAGGCGAUUCCCGUGAUAAAGUGGCACUGAUAACAGGCAUAACCGGCCAGGAUGGCUCCUACCUGGCAGAGUUCCUGCUCAAAAAGGACUACGCGGUGCAUGGGAUCAUCCGACGGGCCAGCACCUUUAAUACCACACGCAUCGAGCACCUGUAUGCCGAUCCCAAGGCGCACAAGGGCGGCCGGAUGAAGCUGCACUACGGCGACAUGACGGACAGCAGCAGUCUGGUGAAGAUCAUCAAUAUGGUGAAGCCCACGGAGAUCUAUAAUCUGGCCGCCCAGUCCCAUGUCAAGGUCUCCUUCGACCUGAGUGAGUACACCGCGGAGGUGGAUGCCGUGGGCACGUUGCGCAUCCUGGACGCCAUUCGCACUUGCGGCAUGGAGAAGAACGUCAAGUUUUACCAGGCCUCCACUUCGGAGCUCUAUGGUAAAGUCGUGGAGACGCCCCAAAACGAACAGACGCCCUUCUAUCCCAGGUCGCCAUAUGCCUGCGCCAAGAUGUACGGCUUCUGGAUCGUCAUCAACUACCGGGAGGCCUACAACAUGUACGCCUGCAAUGGGAUCCUCUUCAACCACGAGAGUCCGCGACGUGGCGAGAACUUUGUGACGCGCAAAAUCACACGCAGCGUGGCCAAGAUCUAUCACAAGCAAAUGGAGUACUUUGAGCUGGGCAAUCUGGACUCGAAACGCGACUGGGGACAUGCCAGCGAUUAUGUGGAGGCCAUGUGGAUGAUGCUGCAGCGCGACUCGCCCUCGGACUACGUCAUUGCCACAGGGGAAACGCACAGUGUGCGGGAAUUCGUGGAGGCGGCGUUCAAGCAUAUCGAUCGCGAGAUAACGUGGCAGGGCAAGGGUGUGGACGAGGUGGGCGUGGAGAAAGGCACCGGCGUGGUGCGCGUUCGCAUCAAUCCCAAGUAUUUCCGGCCCACCGAGGUGGAUCUGCUGCAGGGCGACGCCUCCAAAGCCAAUCGAGAGCUCAAUUGGACGCCCAAAGUUAGCUUCGUGGAGCUUGUGAGCGACAUGAUGAAGGCCGACAUCGAAUUGAUGAGGAAGAACCCCAUUGCCUAGGGCCAGGAAGCCUGAAACUAUGAGCUAAUACGGCACAAACUCUAUGUAUUGUAUGUAUUUCUGUAUUCUCUUGGGGAUUUGCAAUCAUUCCUUUUCUACUUUUCACGUUCUGUGUGUGAUUCUGAUUGUU